GGCCGUGCGAAGGCGAAUCACGGUCUAACGGGUGAAAGCACGUUCCGAGGUGUGGCUUAUCGAUCCUGAAGGGUUCUGUGCGGUUAGCCUCCAUGUUCCGAGAUAUAUAACCUGUCUUUCCCCGAGAGGUAUUUGACUCGUGUGUCAUCAAUCAACUGCCACCGCUCUCGCAUUGUUUCCAGGUGUUGUUCACUCAGAAAAGGUCGUUGUUCAUUACUCCGGAAAUUGUUCCAAGCCAACAACACACCAGCAGCCAUGUCGAAGCCCGGGUUCAAGGACGUCGAUUUCGGCUCUUCGCCGCAACAGUCGAUGCACACUCCCCCUCAUUCACCAACCAUGACUAGGCACCAGCUGAAUAGGGACUCUCCCAGCCAGCACCAUAGGGCGGACAGCUUCAGCAGCGUUCGCUCCAGGCAAGAGAACAUCCGCCAACGAAGGCAGACCAUCCGGGACAGUCUCGGAGAGGGCCAACUCACCAUCCCGACAUCACCCCGGGGCGCGUCACACAACACCAUCGAGGUGCCGGCAGUAAGGUCGCCCGAUGCGGACUCGUCGCAGUUCAUGCACCAACUGUCGGCCUCUCCGUCCAUGAAGGAGCGGAGGGUGUCCCGGAACUCGUUCGGCACCACGCUGCCCAUCCCCCGGUCGAAGCGCCAGUCGCGGCUCAGCAGCGUCACCUACCCAGCCGAGCUCGUAGGGGAGCUCCGGUCUGGCAAGAUCACACCGCCACGCGAGAUCCUGACGUCGCAGGUGCAGGACGUGUUCUCGGACAAGGUCCGGAAGGCCAAGAACAUGGCGUUCGUCUUCGACAUCGACGGCGUGCUGGUGCAUGGUGACCGUCUCAUCCCGGAGGGCAAGCGGGUGCUGCAGAUGCUAAACGGCGACAACCAGCUGGGCAUCAAGAUCCCGCACAUCUUCCUGACCAACGGGUCGGGCAAGCCCGAGAAGGCGCGGUGCGAGCAGCUGUCCAAGAUCCUGCAGAACCCCAUCAGCACCGACCAGUUCAUCCAGAGCCACACGCCGAUGCGCGCGCUGGCCGAGUAUUACGGCACGGUGCUGGUGGUCGGCGGCGAGGGCUACCGCUGCCGCGAGGUGGCCGAGGAGUACGGCUUCAAGGACAUCAUCGUGCCCAAUGACAUUGUCGCUUGGGAUCCGUCCAUCGCUCCCUACCGCGUCUUCACCGACGAGGAGCGCGCCACCUCGCGCCCGCGUGACUUCACCAAGGUCAACAUCGAGGCCAUCCUCGUCUUCUCGGACUCGCGCGACUACGCGACCGACAUGCAGAUCAUCGUCGACCUGCUGCGGAGCGAGAACGGCCGUCUCGGCACCGUCGCGAAAGACCCCGUCUCGCAGCGGAUUCCCAUCUACUUCUCGCAGGGCGACCUGCUGUGCCCCACGGAGCACCCGGUCCCGCGCAUGAGCCAGGGCGCCUUCCGCAUCGGGCUCGAGGCCAUGUACAAGGCGCUGACGGGCGUCGAGCUCGAGCGCGUCGUGUACGGCAAGCCCGAGCUGGCGACGUACAAGUACGCCGACGAGGUGCUGGCGUCGUGGAUGGAGACGCUGCACGGCGAGGAGCGCGUGCCGCAGAACAUCUACAUGGUCGGCGACAACCCGGCCUCGGACAUCGUGGGCGGCAACAUGUACGGCUGGAACACCUGCCUGGUGCGCACGGGCGUGUUCCAGGGCGGCGAGAACGACGAGGAGAACCCGGCCAACUUUGGCGUGUUUGCCAAUGUCUGGGAGGCCGUCACGGCCGCGUGCAGGAAGGAGUUGGGCGAUGACUUUGGCUUUAAGUGGGACGAGAAGGUGGUCAACCCCGUCAUGCAGCAUGCUCAUAUCGCGUCGGCGAUUGAGGUUUGAGUUCUUAAGGUUAAAGUUGUUUGGAUACCUUGGUAGUGGUUUGGCGUUUGGAUCGGUGUUUCGUUUUCUUCUGUGCGCUUCUGUGCUGGACUUAGUUUAGGAUCAUGUCACGUCACGCAUUUCGGACAUUACAAAAAAGGAUAUAGAGAUCUAUGAAACGCUAGCCUGGGGGCUAGUCGUAGUCUCUGGUACACAGACUUCAGUUUAUUCCGAGAGCCUAUUCAUCGCUAUGUGGCUAUUGUGGGCUGUGUGGCUAGUGCGUUUGUAUUUGUGAGGUCUGUGGACGUUGCGAACAUUUUCGGUACUUUUGUCACCAAAGCCCCAUACAAAUUAAAAAGGUCACCAUUUUUAAUCUUGACUUUCUCUUCUAAUUAGUAUUGUAUAAAUUCAUGGCUUAUAAAUAGAAGAUAGGAAUUAAAAG